AUGCAGCCCUCACCCCUCGCGAACCCAAUGGCUACGAUAGCCCAGCUAGAAACCUCGGGCUCACAGCUCGAUGGCAUCCCAAUCGAUCUGGAAGACUCGAUACGCUUUGCAGGCGCAAGGCUCACCCAAGCAGCUGGCCAAUUGCUCCGGCUUCCCCAGGAAGUAAUUGCGCAGGCAAUCGUCAUAUUCAUGCGAUUCUGGGUUGGGCCCGAGGGUGGUAGUUUGGCAGAGUUUGGCGCUGAAGACGUGUCCAUGGCCUCACUCUACCUCAUCACUAAGCUCUCCGCGUACCCUAAAUCGGCGCGAAGUCUGAUCAAUGUCUACGCGUAUCUUGCAUACUUGCCGUCUACGUAUAUCAACCUUAACCACCUCCGCCAGAAGCCCGACCCAACUUCCUACUAUGUUUCAGAGGGCACAUAUGAGCGCACGCGCACAAUGCUCUUCGCCACCGAACACCGUAUACUACGUACCCUAGGUUUCCAGAUCCAGGUCGCUCUCCCAUACACGUUAUGUAUAACGUAUCUCCAAGCGCUAGAUGUUUUCUCGCACCCGCGCGCUUCUGAUCUUGCAAAGCGCGCAAUCGCGCAUCUGAACACGGCGCUAUUGAGUCCGCAGCUCUUAUACCUGACGCAUCAGCCGCCUGCUUUGGCCACCGCGGCGAUUUAUUUGGCCGCAAGGGAGAUCGGUGUCAAGAUGCCAGAGUGUGAAUGGUGGGAGGUUUUCGAUGCGGAUAGAGAGCAGCUAGGAUUUUUGUGUGUUGGCAUGUUGAGUUUGGAGGGAUUCGCGCAGCAGGAGAAGAGCAAAUGGGGAGGCAAGAAGGUACCAAUGACUGUGCGGGGUGUUGAGGCUGAGGUCAAGAGGCGGCAAGAGGACGACUAG